AUGGCAAUAGCCAUGUUGCUGAAGAUCUGUAUCAAGGGGACGACACAAGCUGAAGAAAUAGCCGCGGGUAUAGAAGAACAGGCUAACGGUGGUAAUCGUACGAAACGUCAGGCAUUCAAGGAUCGAAGAUAUCCGAAUACAUUAUGGUCAGAAGGAGUGAACUAUUAUUUCCACCCACUUGCCAGCAGAGAGAUGCGAAGUGCAUUUUUGAAGGGAGCAAAAUGGUGGGAAAAGGAUACCUGCAUCAAUUUUGCUGAGAAUCGCAUGGAAAGAUGCGACCCACGUACAUCAGUUAAAUGUGAGAUGGGCGGCUUCCCUCAUCCUCGAGACUGCCAAAAAUGCAUUUGUCCUGGUGGUUACGGCGGAGCCCGAUGCACAGAAAGGCCAUCAGGAUGCGGCGAAAAAAUUCAAGCCUCUACCAACUGGGUGACACUUGAAGAUGUUGUUGGUAACAACCGUGAAAAUGAAGAUUUCUUUACAUGUAACUACUGGAUUGAAUCCCCAGUCGGAACUGUAAUUCAAGUUAGACUGCUGGACUUCACGACAGGUCUUUCUGUUGACGGAUGCAAAUAUGCCGGUGUAGAGAUCAAAACCAAUAAGGAUCAAACACUCACCGGUUACAGAUUCUGCUCACCUGACGCUGCUGGAUUAACCCUUCAAUCGUUCACAAAUCGUGUUCCGAUAAUGACGUACAACAGGCUUUACAAAUCCAAGACUGUUCUCGAAUACCGAUAUGUCCCGAAAGGGUCGACUGUACCUCCUCCGCUCCCCCCUACAACCACCAAGAACCCCCUAGUCUCAGGUCUCCAAUGCACGGACGAAAGCAGGUGCGUAACAUUAGUAACUUAUUGA